AUGGGAAUUUGGAUUUAUGUGGAUUUCCCUUAUCAAAGAAAUGCAAGGAGCUACAGCCACUGUCACAUCCGCCAACGCUCCACCAAGAUGAGGAUUCAGAAAGGUAAACUUCCAUACUUCAAUGUCAUUAGUUCCCUUCAGUUUCUUGUUCUCUCCGACAUAAGUUUUUCUAGCCAAUUGCAUGAAUCAAUCAGCAAUCCUAAAGCCUUGAAUAGUUUGUACCUCUUCAACUGCAACCUUUCGGGGUCCAUUCUAGCUUCUCUUUGGAACCUUACACAAAUCACCAAUUUAGACUUCGGGUAUAAUAGUUUCAGCGGUCAAAUCCCUUCAUCAAUUUCAAACCUUGCAAAGCUUAAUGACUUGUAUCUUUCAGGAAACAAUUUGAACGGACAAAUACCGGAUUCACUUGGCAACAUGAGCCAACUUACUAGCUUGUAUCUUUCUGGAAACAAUUUGAACGGUCAAAUACCGGAUUCCCUUAGCAACAUGAGCCAACUAACUUCUCUCUAUUUGCGUUAUAACUCACUCAAUGGGACAAUACCAUCUUCGUUGUUUGCUCUGCCUUCAUUGGUUGGUAUAGGAUUGAGUAACAAUAAGCUACAGGGACCAAUUCCAGGAUUAGUUUAUGAACUCCAGAACCUAACAUACUUGCUGCUUUCAUCAAAUGACUUAAGUGGUGUAGUGGAUCUAGAUAAGCUUCUAAAGGUUAAAAAUCUGAUCUAUCUUGAUCUCGCAUAUAAUGGUCUCUCUUUGAGCAUCAACAACAGUGUCAACUCUACCUUGACCAACUUUCACACUAUAGGAUUAGCUUCUUGCAACUUGAGCGAAUUCCCAAACUUCUUGAGAGAACAAGCCAGUUUGUAUUCACUAGACCUUGCAAACAACAAAAUGGUUGUUCAAUGCACCUCCAAGACCAAAGGCAAACAUCCUUUUCCUAAGUUGAGAAUUAUUGACAUAUCUUGUAAUGAGUUCACUGGCCUUUUGCCAACAAAUUAUAUCAAACAAUUUGGAGCUAUGAUGAAUGUCGAUGAACAUGAAAUGAAAUUGAAAUACAUGGGUGACAGCUAUUAUCAAGAUUCUGUGGUGAUUAUUCUGAAAUCCAUUGGGAGGCUUAAUUCACUUCGGGGUCUUCACUUAUCCCAUAACAACCUCGAAGGCCACAUUCCAACUUCACUUGGAAAUUUGAAAAACCUUGAAUCAUUGGAUCUUUCCUCAAACAAAUUUGUUGGGGAGAUUCCUCAGCAAUUGAAAAGUUUGACGUUUCUUGAGGUACUAAACCUUUCAGACAACCAACUAGCAGGACCAAUUCCUCAAGGGAGCCAGUUUAAUACAUUUGGAAGUGAUUCAUAUGGUGGGAACUUGGCCUUAUGUGGAUUGCCUUUAUCAAAUAAAUGUAAGGAACUAUUGUCACUACCACCUCCACCAACACUCCAACAAGAUGAGAAUUCAGGCAAGUCAAGCGGAUUUAACUGGCAAGUUGUAAUGUUGGGGUAUGGAUGCGGAUUUUUAUUUGGAAUGAUUAUGGGAUAUCUUAUGUUUGUGACUCGAAGACCAGAAUGGCUUAAGAAAAUUGUUGAAGGAAAACAUCAUAAGAAUGUGAAAAGGUCUAAGAAGGGUGCCCACUGA